GUCUUGUCUUGCGUCCGAGCUAAGCUAAACACAAACUUUCUAUAUAAUCCUAUCUCUACUUAUCCACCUUUGCCUUUAUCCACCAAGUUUUUGAGCUAAUCUCUCAUCUCUCUUCUUCAUUCUCCCUCUCAUUCUCAACUAUCCCAAGUCAUGUCUUACCUGAGAAUUAGGCUUCUCCCCGCCAAAAGAGCUUGGAAGAGCUUCACUGCCAACUUCCACAAACUUCGGAGAUCCAAAACCAAGCACAAACAUUUUUACCGUUCAAGCCAAGGAUCCGGAAAGAAACGUCGGGACAGAGAUUCCCGUAUUUUUUUCAUCCGUCUAACGAGAGGUUGUUUGUUCAAGAAGAAACACAAAGCUGUUGUAUACGUUGAUAAGCUCUUCAGAGAACCUAUGGCAGUAUCCAGUUGGAUUCCAGCAAAGCAGUGGAAGCCAAAGGAAGAAUUGUUUCCAGAGAAGGGAAUAGACGAAAGAGCUGAAGAGUUCAUCACUAGAGUGAAAGCACAGAUUCUCGCUUCACGCAACUUGUAGUAUCAAUCAUCAAACACAAUGUAUCAAGACUUGAUAAGUAGUAAUAUUUCUGUGUAUAAUAAAUAGACUGUGUAUCCAACUGUUCUGUACAAAAUUAUUAUCUUUGGCUUUUAGCUCGAGUCUGUAAUUAUUAUUCUUAUAAAUCCUAUACAUAUUCCCUUAACAAUAGUAAAAA